CGCCGCGGCCGUUACGCGCUGCCUUGGGGUGUCGCUGCGGGAAGCCGGCAGCGCGGUGUGAGCAGCGGCGGGGAGCGGGAGGGCGUUUCUGCCCGGCGGCGGGACGCGUGCGAGCAGGCCGGGCUGGGUGUCAGCUGCCGGGUGCGUGGUGCCGUCCCGCAGGCUCGCCACCCGCCCUUCAGGAUGUCGUACAUGCUGCCGCACUUGCACAACGGCUGGCAGGUGGACCAGGCCAUCCUGUCGGAAGAGGACCGAGUGGUGGUCAUCCGCUUUGGGCACGACUGGGAUCCGACCUGUAUGAAGAUGGAUGAAGUCUUGUACAGCAUUGCAGAGAAGGUAAAAAACUUUGCUGUUAUUUAUCUUGUGGAUAUCACUGAAGUACCAGACUUCAACAAGAUGUAUGAGUUGUACGAUCCCUGUACAGUCAUGUUUUUCUUCAGGAACAAACACAUCAUGAUUGAUUUAGGUACAGGUAAUAACAACAAGAUCAACUGGGCGAUGGAAGAUAAGCAAGAGAUGAUUGACAUUAUAGAAACUGUUUAUAGAGGAGCCCGCAAAGGUCGAGGUUUGGUAGUAUCACCGAAAGAUUAUUCUACUAAAUACAGAUAUUGACAUUUUCUUAGCAUCUGCUUUCUUUUAACCCCACAUACCCUUAAAUUUAUCUUUGUGUGUGUGUACAUAUUAAUGUGUAUAUAUUAAAACAUCCUAAAAUUUUGUGAGCAUAGUUGGAAUUAUUUAAAAGCUUUUGAAUUCUGUUUGAAACAGUAGAAGACAUGAAGUCUGAAACUAUCUGACUGCAGAAAUUCUGUAGCUGCAUUUUUUUUUAAGUAAGUCUUAAACUCAGUCUAGUAUGAUAUAUUUUUCUACACAAAAAGCCUAUUCGUGGAAAAAAUUCAACUAUGUUUGCCUGCUUUUGUUAUGCGAAUAUUGGGGAAAACUGUAUAAUAGCUUUUUAAAAGGAAUAAAAUGUUCUACUUA